CAGGAGUGGACCGACUACAAGCUGCAGUGGAGUCCGUCCGACUUCGACAACGUGACGUCCAUCAGAGUCCCCUCGGAGCUCAUCUGGGUGCCGGACAUUGUGCUGUACAACAACUGCAGACGGAGAGUUCGCCGUGACCCACAUGACCAAGGCCCAUCUCUUCCACACGGGUCGAGUCCGCUGGGUGCCCCCGGCCAUCUACAAGUCCUCCUGCUCCAUCGACGUCACCUUCUUCCCCUUCGACCAGCAGAGCUGCAAGAUGAAGUUCGGCUCCUGGACGUACGACCGCGCCAAGAUCGACCUGGAGCCCUUUGAGAACGCGGUGGACCUGAAGGAUUACUGGGAGAGCGGAGAGUGGGCGAUUGUCAACGCCGUGGGAACCUACAACACCAAGAAGUACGACUGCUGCCACGAGAUCUACCCGGACAUCACCUACUACUUUGUCAUCCGCCGCCUCCCCUUGUUCUACACCAUCAACCUGAUCAUCCCCUGCCUCCUCAUCUCCUUCCUCACCGUCCUGGUCUUCUACCUGCCGUCGGACUGCGGCGAGAAGAUCACGCUGUGCAUCUCCGUGCUGCUGUCGCUCACCGUCUUCCUGCUGCUCAUCACGGAGAUCAUCCCGUCCACGUCGCUGGUCAUACCGCUGAUCGGGGAGUAUCUGCUCUUCACUAUGAUCUUCGUCACGCUGUCCAUCGUCAUCACCGUGUUUGUGCUGAACGUGCACCACCGCUCGCCGGCCACGCACACCAUGCCUCGGUGGGUGAAGAGGCUCUUCCUGUCGGCGGUGCCACGCUGGCUGUGCAUGAAGCGUCCGGCGCAUGGCGUCAGGCCUGUGAGGCGGCGUCACCUGACUGCAGGCCCCGCCCACAGCUCCUCCACCUGGGCCACUCAGGAGUCUGACAUCGAUCUCCAUGGUUACCAGGAUGACGGUACCUUGGAUACAGGAGAUGAGAUUCACUACUGCGAUCUCCACGGCUACGCAAACACAGAUCAUUUGGGGAGGGGGAGGAUGUCUCCUCAGUCUCUCGGAUACCUCGUCCUCCCGCAGAGGCACGCCUCCCUCAGCUGGGACUGGGACACCGCUCCUCCCGUGCAGGAUGGCUCGAUGCCGUCCCCCGCUGACUCACUUCUGACUCCUGCCGUGGUAGCCGCCCUGGAGGGGGUGACCUACAUCGCGGAGCAUCUCAGAGCCGAAGACGCAGACUUCUCUGUGAAGGAGGACUGGAAGUACGUGGCGAUGGUUGUCGACCGGAUCUUCCUCUGGAUGUUCAUCAUCGUGUGUCUGCUGGGGACAGUGGGACUCUUCCUGCCUCCGUGGCUCUCUGGGAUGUUUUAAAUAAAACUAAUAAAGUAGCAUGUCUGUAUGUAAAGAAAUAAAUCGUUUCUUCAGGAGGA